AGUGGAUUUUUUCUCUGCUUCACUGUUAGCAGGCAAAAAAGAAACGGGCCCAUUGUCUUUAUUGUCGAUGUCAUCAAAAGGUUAAUAAGAAUUUGCUUUCCACUUUUCUUCGUCAUCAUGUGCUUCUAUCUGCUUCCACGUGUCGUCAACGGACCAGACGCCAGAGCAGGCUUCCAGAAGAUGUUCGACGAAAUCACCAAUCACUGGUGGCAGUUACUUCUCCAAAUAAGAAACUUUUAUGAAACUACUGUUUCGGACGUGCUCCUCCACACGUGGUACUUGUCGGCGGAUUUCCAGCUCUAUCUGGUCUCUCUUCUGACGCUCUUGAUACUAAAAGGUCACAAGACGGCGCUGGUGGCAGCGUUCACCGUGUUCUCCCUCAUUGGCUGUGCUUUCGGAAUGUGGGUCCUGGUGAGCCGGGAUCUGCUGCCGUUUCAGAUCUUCCCGGGCCCUGAUAUGCCUUUGCUGACGAGAACACUGAGCGAGUUCUACGUCCGGCCAUACUACCACGCAGUGUGCUACUUUAGCGGCUGUAUGACGUUUCUAUUGAUGGGUGACUUCAGAAAGAGAAAAAUUACUAAGGGUACGCAACUGGCAGGCUGGUGCGUGUCCGUGAGCUGCGGCUUAAUCUCGGUGUUCGCGAAGCUAGCGUGGUAUAGGAGCCCCAAUCCCACAUCCGAGGCCGUCACGCUCCUCGCCGCGUUCUUCGACCGUAUCCUCUGGUCCGUGUUCAUUGUCUGGAUCACACUGGCCUGUGCUUCAGGUCGAGGCGGCUUCGUCGCCAGGUUCCUGUCCUGGAACGCCUUCGUGCCCUUGAGCAAGCUUUCCUUCGGCGUCUACCUCAUACACCUGCCCUUUAUCCAGCUCAUGCUGCAUGCGUCCAGGGAAAGAGUAUUGUGGUCCAAGUUUAACUUGGUUACACUGUGGCUUUCUGUGGUAGUUUGGAGCUUCCUGCUGUCUUAUCUGACAUUCCUCGCUUGCGAAGCGCCGACUGCAAAGCUGAAUAGCCUCAUCUUCGGCAGAAUGGUCGGAAGAGGAGAUCCUCGCAAACAGAAACAACCAGAGCAGUCUGCCUGAGGAGUUGGUACUCCACGAUAAUAACUGAAAGUAUAAUGUGAAGCUGACACUCUCCCCGUGUGAAAACCACUGUCGGAAUGGCCCUCAAUCACCUGAGCUCUGCAAUAACUUCUCCUGGGCCGUGGUCAGGCGGGGGACGUAAAUCUCCAAAAACAAUUUUUGAGAAAUAAUUUACAUUUGCAUUAGGUAGUUAUACUUUGUGUUUUUAUUCGUUCUUGAAGCAUCUUGUAUGAUACCCGUUGAGUGUCAUAUUUGCCUCCCAGAUGCACUCUCAGUGGUCGUUUCACAAGCCAUAGCAAGUAAUGGCUUACUAGUCUCUGCAGUGCUUCGCAUCAACUUAU